AAUAAGAGAAGUCCGAGGCGGCUUCCUCCUCCCUGCCCAGAGUUGGUGGUAGCAGCGGAGGCGAGCAGCACCCCACUUCUCCCCCACAUCGAUUCUCCUAGCUACUGGGAUUAGCUCGCCUCAGAUCGGGUUAUCGGCAGCUGGCUCUCUGGGACCAGGUUUCCUGUGCCUUCCGGGGACCAUGCAUCAGUCCUACUGACCCAGGAGAAGGGGCCUGAGGGCAGGGCGCCUGGGAUGGGCUGUGUGUUCUGCAAGAAGUUGGAGCCUCCAUCCAAAGAAGAUGUUGGCCUGGAAGGCGACUUCAGGAGGCAACAGCCCGAAGAACGCUAUUACCCUGACCCCACUCAAGGCCAGUCUGCGUCCUUCUCGCCUCAGCCCACCAGCCCUGCUUUCCUUAAUGUUGGCAACACGAGAGGCAUGUCAGGGACAGGAGUGACCAUAUUCGUCGCCCUGUACGACUAUGAGGCCAGGACAGAGGAUGACCUCACCUUCACCAAAGGGGAGAAGUUCCACAUCCUGAACAACACGGAAUGUGACUGGUGGAAGGCCCGGUCCCUGAGCUCUGGACACACUGGCUAUGUUCCCAGCAACUACGUGGCCCCUGCGGAUUCCAUCCAGGCUGAGGAGUGGUACUUUGGAAAGAUCAGUAGAAAGGAUGCCGAGAGGCAGCUCCUCUCCGCUGGGAACCCUCAGGGAGCCUUUCUCAUUAGGGAAAGCGAGACCACCAAAGGUGCCUACUCCCUCUCCAUCCGCGACUGGGACCAGAACAGAGGCGAUCACAUAAAGCAUUAUAAGAUCCGGAAGCUGGACACGGGGGGUUUCUACAUCACCACGCGGACCCAGUUCGAAUCCGUGCAGGACCUGGUGCGGCACUACAUGGAAGUAAAUGAUGGUCUGUGCUACUUGCUCACGGCGCCCUGUACCACCAUGAAGCCCCAAACGCUAGGCCUGGCCAAGGAUGCCUGGGAGAUCAACCGGAACUCCAUAGCACUUGAACGCAGACUAGGCACCGGGUGCUUUGGAGACGUAUGGCUCGGCACGUGGAACUACAGCACAAAGGUGGCGGUGAAGACGCUGAAGCCGGGCACCAUGUCCCCGAAGGCCUUCCUGGAGGAGGCGCAGAUCAUGAAGCUCCUGAGGCAUGACAAGCUGGUACAGCUGUACGCGGUGGUGUCGGAGGAACCCAUUUAUAUUGUGACAGAGUUCAUGUGCCACGGUAGCUUGCUGGAUUUCCUAAAGGAUCGAGAGGGUCAGAACUUGAGGCUGCCCCAUCUGGUGGACAUGGCUGCCCAGGUAGCUGAGGGCAUGGCCUACAUGGAGCGCAUGAACUACAUCCACCGAGACCUGAGGGCGGCCAACAUCCUGGUGGGAGAGCAUCUAGUAUGCAAGAUCGCGGACUUCGGGCUGGCGCGCCUCAUAGAAGAUAACGAGUACAACCCCCGCCAAGGGACCAAGUUCCCCAUCAAGUGGACAGCCCCAGAGGCCGCUCUCUUUGGCAGAUUCACUGUCAAGUCAGAUGUGUGGUCCUUUGGGAUUCUGCUCAGUGAACUGAUCACCAAGGGCCGAGUUCCUUACCCGGGCAUGAACAACCGGGAAGUGCUGGAGCAGGUAGAGCACGGCUACCACAUGCCGUGUCCUCCAGGCUGCCCGGCAUCCCUGUACGAAGUCAUGGAGCAGACCUGGCGCCUGGAUCCAGAGGAGAGGCCCACCUUUGAGUACCUGCAGUCCUUCCUAGAAGACUAUUUCACCUCCACGGAACCACAGUACCAGCCUGGAGACCAGACCUAACCUGGCUGGGCAUCUUCAAUGCACUGGGAACAUCUACUUGGCCUUCCUUGCCGAUCC